AGCGACCGAUGUGCGAUUGCUCGAGUGCGUUUCACGGGAUCGCGUGAAGUGUGUUUCCGCUUUGGUUUUGCGCGGCGGACACUUCGCGGUAGCUGCGCGCUACCGUUUUCGCCCUUCAGCUUCGGGAAUUCGUCAGAGACGCACGCCUCGAGAACCGAGCGCACUGCGAUCGCUCGCGCUAGAAACAUUUGAGAGAAGUCGAAUGCCCAGGCCGCUGUCUGUUGCCGCUGUGCGACGGCGCAUCGCGGUGAAGACGCGCACGGCAUCGCGGAGGCGUCCGAACGAAAGCUCAGCGCGCGUUUAUCGCGAGCUUCGGCUGGCAAGCUUAUCGGGCGGCGAAUUCAACAGGUACACCUCGUUCGAAAUGCCUCGUCGAUCGCAUGCCGCGCGCGCGCGCUUCCCGGCGCCUCUGCGUUUCGCUUGACUGCAGUGCAUCGAACGAUCCCGGUCGACGAUCGCGCGCUGUACAAACAGUACCGCUUGGAUCGAUCACUCGUGCAUUGGAGUGGAUGGGACUCGUUUUUCUCGUCGAGUAUAUAGCGCGCGCGCGACGAGAAGUGGUCCGCGGAACAGAAGUGCGAGAGGGUGUGCACGAGGAGAUAUGCGUUCGCCAUUGAAGCAGACGCCGCGAUCGAUCGCCACGAGCAGCAUGCUGCGGCCAACCUGAAGGGACAAAGUCGACCCAGAGAUGAGAAGCGAGGUAGGCGAAUGGCUGGCGACGUGCGUCGGCUCGCCGAUCAGCGUGCUGCUGCUGUGCUGGUCGCUGCUGAUCUACCAGAAUCAACCGUUGCCGACGAAACGGCGAAUCGACGUGCUGACGGUGGCGGUGCUCGCGCAGAGUCUGGUUCACCAGCUUGGGCUCUUGCUUUUCGCCAUGCUGACCCUCAUACGUCCGGCCAAUCACUUCGGAGAGCUCUGCUCGACGCUCGUGUGGACGUUGAACUCGUCGAGCAUCCUGCAGGAAUUGACUCUGACGACCAUUGCCAUAUUCGCUGCGCUGACCGUGAGGGACGAAGGGCCGACGAUCAAGAAGCACCAUCUCAAGUACCACGUGGUUAGCCUCACGGUCAUAAGCGCCUGCAUCGGCGUCACCGGCAUCCUCAACUUCGAGCCCGAGGCCUGCGUGUUCAUCGCCCAGGACAUAUCGCCCAAGUACGGGCUGUUCUUCAACGGGCUGAGAUGCGCUCUCGUCGUGGCGACGGUGCUCAGUUUGCUCGCGGCAUUGUGCCGGGCAUCGUGCCGCCCGUCCCCCAAAGCCGAGUUGCUCAAGAGCGUGUCGGACCUGUCGGACGCCAGCUCGAAGAACUCGUUCGAGUGCCAGCACCCGCAUCACCACCACCACCAACACCACUACGGUAAUCAGCUGCAGCAGCAGCAGCAGGCAUGGGACCAGCCGUCGAGCGGAUCGUGCACGAGUGGCUCGACCAACAGUCGCGCUUGCUUGAAAGGACGACGCAGCUCGGUCGUCCAAGUCGACGAGUCGAGCGGUUGGUCCACCGUCUACAGCAUCCUGUUCGUGUGCUACGCGUUUGAUCAUUUGCCGCUGCUGGUCGUCUCGAUAAGGCCGGACUUGCUGCGGGACUUCUGCACGGCCCAGAAUUUGGCUACGUGGCUGCCAUUGUUGAAGGAUACCCUGUUGCCGGUGUUCUUGGCCAUCUUUGACAAAAUGUUCUGUCGCUACGUCGCUAAAGUGUACACCAAGCAGGACACCAAAACCAGACUCACGCACGGCGGCGUGGACGGCAAGUUCCGUCACUUCGAGCAGGACAACGAGUACAAGCUGCAGCUGAAUCUGAAUCACGGGCUCAAGUUCCCGGUGAACGGCGCCGGCAGCGCCAGCCUGUACGGUCGCUUGCACAACAGCCAUCCGACAACUCGAGGUCGCAACGGUACGAUGCUACUUGGCGUUCAUCAGUACGGACGAAGCGUGAUGUCAAGCGGCGACAGCGCCUACCCGGCGAUCGCAGCCGAAACCUCGUCUUACGCGAGCUCGAAUUUCGGCUCGCGGCAGCAUCUCGAACCCGGCAAGUCGCCCAAGAUGCAUCAUCAGCCGAUCGUGCGCGCGGACCUCAGUCGCGCCAACAGCACGAGCAACGGCCAGUGCGUUCAGAGGCACCACGAGCUGGGAUACGAUCUGCGCAGGAAAGCCGCCAACGGCAGCGGGGACGUGUUCGGGCAGAAAGUCGAGAGCUUGAUGCAGCUCGAGGAUCAGUCCUAUGGCUACGGAGCCCGUCGGCUGAGGCACUUCGCCAAGAGCCUGGACGAGAUUCGCGAGGAGACGCCGCGCCGCAACGCGCGAAGCGUCAUGGGCCACCACGAGGAUCGCGCGUACAACCCGCCGCCGGGCGUUCUCCAGGUGCGCGCUGCCCGACCGAACGCCGCCGCGCUCAGGAGGAAUCAGAGCUUCGACUUGCAUCCUCGAGCCUACCCGAGAAUCGAGCUGCCGCUCGUCACCUCCAGGACUUACGACGUCAAGAGGGAGCUUGCGCUCAAGAGGAGCUUGCAGCUGUUCGAGCAGACGAGGAGGAGCGACGAGUACGAGGAGGACGAGGAGGGAGAGGGCACCGGCUACGAGACGUCGGACGACGAGAGCUGCGACGUCAACAGCGAUCAGCAAGACUUCGACACGAUGAGCUCGUGCCGCAGUCGGGCGCGAAGCUGCUGCUCCGUGACGACCGUCGCCAACGACGACUUCGAGUUCUUCCAGCGCAAGAACACCAAGGAGCUACAGAGCCAAACGCCGAGGCCGCUCGAGGGCAAGGGCAGCAUGCGCAGCUUUACCCCGCGCAUAAUCGAAGUCAAUCACUCGGAGAUGGGCGCAAACAGCGCCGACCACUCGAAGACUCGCGGCAACUGCAAGCCGAUCAUUCAGUCGUUUCAAUUGAAGAAGAAGAUGAGUCCCGGUUACUCUCUCAACGAUCUUGACAAGUUCAACAAUGCGGCGCAAGCCAGGCAGCAAUUGCCGACGCUCUCGAUCGAGAGCCUCAAGAGUAUACUCAAGAGUUCCGAUGUGAGCUACUUGGAUAGCGGAGAGAUCUGCAGGCACGACUUGGGUGGCUCAGCGCCGGACUUCAAGAAGAUUUUCGUCACGGAGUUCAUUUAAGCUUGAGUGCGAUGUUUUCUUCUUUUCUUCGCUCGCGUCCAACUUCGCCGAUUUCAGCGACGAGAACGAAAAUCACAUGCAUAGCGCUGAUCAGUCGCGCUCGAGAAAUACGCGAUGCGAGGUGUGGCAGUACGAAUUCCAUUUGUGAUUCAGUUUCCCGUAACUGAAUUCUAAUGGCAUUUUCACGUGACAAGCGAAACAAUGACAAGCGAUGUGCUCUUCACGACCACUCGUACUUUAUCGAAGGUCGUGGUCGAUUUAGAGAGUAAUUUUUCAACUUUACCUAAAUUUUUAAGAUUUCAAAGCUAAGCAAUUCAUUCGUUAUCGUUGUUUGUGUUUUAUGGCAUCAUUUUAUCUAUAAAUUUGCUAUUAUCAGUAUUUAUGCAAGAUUUGAUUUUCUUUUACGAUCUCAUGGCAAAUGAAAAGGAACGUUUGGUCUUUGUCCGGAAUAAUUAAGUUUGCGAUGCAUUAUACUGUUAUUCUUUACGUUGUAGAAACGACCCAACGAUUUGAAAAACAAAUAAAAUAGCGAAUAUAAAAACGCCGUCAACAAGUUUGACAAGUCAUAAGUAGCGUAAAUAUGUAACGCGAAAUAUGUAUCUUCUAGCAAUUACGAGGCGCAAGCGAAUGCAGCGUAAGAAAAUGAUUUUUACUGUUAAUCGGAUAAUAACAUUACACCUUUUGUAUAAUUUUUUUUUACGCUACGCGCGGCACAAUAGCGAUUAUAUUGUAAUGAAAGCUUAUAGAAAUGAUAAUGUCGAUUGUUAUAAUCCUGCGUACUGAUCCCCCUUUUGUAAAUAACGAAAACUUGUACAUUUAUACAUCGUAACACUAUAAAAAUGUAUUUAAACAGAGCAAAAGCCAUUUUGUCAAGAGAAUUCCAAACCGAAAUCAUGCGUAUUUUAUGCGAACCGGCAGCGCUGCGGCCGUUUUCAGCGAUUGACCAAAGUGGCUACGUAUAUACCUAUCGAACGGGAUAGUAAUUGACGGUUUCCUCUGGCCUAACGGAAGCGCAUUUUUCAGAGUGCCUCUGCCCGGCGCUGCUGCUAUGCGGUCUCGCGAGCGUCUGGCGCGCGGAAUGCCGCGGAGAAAAAUAAUACGUACAAAAGAAUUUAGACUAACGGCUUGACUCGCGUGGGCUGGAAAAGGCAAAUUAAGACAAUGACAUAGAACUUGGCGCUUUGGAAUUGCCACUGGAAAGCUACGGGAACUCUGUCGUUUGUCCGAGAACCCCUGCUUUUCUCUUCACUUUCAUGAUUAAUGCCCUCGUAGAAUGAGAUGAGAUAAUGUAUUAUAAUAAAGAGGUAAGUCACUUAUCUAAUAAUAGAAUUAAAGAUAAGAAUGACGAUGGACAAACACACGAUGUGAACUACAUUGGCUAUGGAUAAGCUGAUUUUCGAUUUGAAUAAAAUUCGCAGCA